AUGCAGUUGGCUUCUUACUUCUGUAGUGGUUAUUUAAAGGAUAAUGAGCAUGAGUGGGGUCAUUAUGCACUUGCUGUCCCUUUAUACACUCAUUUUACAUCACCUUUACGUCGAUAUUCAGAUAUUGUUGUCCAUCGGACACUACUUGCUACGAUAGAGGCCGAAAACAUUUAUUUGAAGCAGAUGGGAAAGGAAGUUGGAGGGAAGAAAAGAUGUUUCACAGGCAUCAACUUUGAUAAAAAUGCUGCAGAAUCUGUUGAAUGUAGGGAAGCUUUAUCAGCUGCAGCCUUGAAGCAUAGCGUUCCGAGUGCUAGAAUACUUGCAGAUAUUGCUGAUCAUUGCAACGAGAGGAAGAAAGCUAGUAGAAAUGUUAAGGAUGCCUGUGAUAGACUUUACAUAUGGUUUAUCCUGAAGCAGCAAAAGGUCUUACUAUCAGAAGCAAGAAUAUUGGGACUAGGCCCAAAGUUCAUGUCAAUUUAUAUUCAAAAGCUUGCGGUUGAGAGGCGCAUAUAUUAUGAUGAAGUUGAAGGUUUGACUGCUGAGUGGCUCGAGGCAACAUCCACACUGGUGCUUAGCAUAUCUCCUAAUAAGCGUGUUUUUAGGAGAGGCACCACUAACAAAUGGAGGGCAUUGUCAGAAGCUGUAUUGAUUGCUUGUCCGUAUGACCUGAAAGUUAAAAUGAAUUGUUGUAAUCAAAAUGAAGGGAUGGGAGUGGAUUCUAUUGCAUCUGACAUGAACACUGAAAUUAAUCCUGCAUUUUUUCCACUCACCGUGCAUCCUCUUUCAACAAUUCCAGUUGCAAUUCAUGCUGUUGGUGGUGAUGCUGGGCCUCUUAAUUUUGGAGUGAGGCUUUACAUGAGCUCUUAUUUUGAUUAA